GUGGAAUACACUUGAAUAUGCCCUAAGGUUUCAUUGUAGUGAUUUUCAUGUGCCAAACACAUUCGAGUCAUCUGUUUGGUUUUUGUAAGUCAAGUGGCAGCUGUAUUGAACGAAGAAAAAAUGGCGAGUAAACACAGCAGCGGGUCGCGUUCUAUUGUAGAUGUUGCUGGAUUCCCGGAUUAUAUACGAAAGUUUUUACAAAAUUCGGAAGUAAAUGAAAGCGAUCCAACGGCAAUUUUACAACUUCUAAUCAAAUCUAACUUGGUGACGCUUGUUCAGCAAGAGGGCAACGAAACGAUAAUUUCGAUAAAGCCCGAUGAGGAUUUACCUCUGGUUUCGCGAGAAAAUUUGGACAGGGACAAUUCCACUUUGGAUUCACCAGCCUGUGCGAGCCCGAGCUCAAUUCUGCAGGAUUGGGAAUUUACGCAAGAGGAGUUGUUGGUACCUGAUGCUCAGCCUGUUAGAGAUAACGUUGUGUCAAGGCAAAAUCGAAGCAAUUCUACCGGAAAUAUAUCUGUGAUCUACGUGAGUAAUAUUUUUUUAUAUGUUCUAUAUGUGGAACAUUUACUUCAAAUCAAACUUUCAAUCGAGUCAGAUUCUAUGGAGUUUGAUUUUGAUGACGUACUCAAGGAUACCGUUGCGUUCGAUCGAAAGCCGAAACUACUUCGCAUUCAUUAA